GGACUUGGAGGUCCCAUGGGAGGACCAAGUACCUCAAGGGCUACUACCGGCGGGCAGCCAGCUACAUGGCCCUGGGCAAGUUCAAGGCUGCCCUCAAGGACUAUGAGAUGGUGGUGAAGGUCAGGCCCAACGACAAGGACGCCAAGAUGAAGUACCAGGAGUGUCACAAGAUUGUCAAGCAAAAGGCCUUCGAACGCGCCAUCGCCACGGACGAGCACAAACGCUCCGUGGUGGACACCUUGGACAUUGAGAGCAUGACCAUUGAGGACGAGUACAGUGGCCCCAAGCUGGAGGAUGGCAAAGUGACCUUGACCUUCAUGAAGGACCUGAUGCAGUGGUACAAGGAGCAGAAGAAGCUCCACAGAAAAUGCGCCUACCAGAUCCUGGUGCAGGUGAAGGAGGUUCUGGCCAAGCUCCCAACCUUGGUAGAAACCACGUUGAAGGAGACAGAGAAGGUGACAGUGUGUGGUGACACCCACGGACAGUUCUACGACCUCCUGAACAUCUUUGAGCUCAACGGUCUCCCCUCCGAGUCCAACCCUUACAUCUUCAACGGGGACUUUGUGGAUCGAGGGUCCUUCUCAGUCGAGGUCAUCUUGCCGCUCUUCGGGUUCAAGCUUCUCUACCCCGACCACUUCCACCUUCUCCGAGGGAACCACGAGACCGACAACAUGAACCAGAUGUACGGCUUCGAGGGGGAGGUGAAGGCCAAGUACACGGCCCAGAUGUUCGCGCUCUUCAGUGAGGUCUUCGAGUGGCUCCCGCUGGCCCAGUGCAUCAACGGGAAAGUGCUGAUCAUGCACGGGGGGCUGUUCAGCGAGGACGGCGUCACCCUCGACGACAUCCGCCGGAUCGAGCGGAACCGCCAACCCCCCGACUCAGGUCCCAUGUGUGACCUCCUGUGGUCCGACCCCCAACCCCAGAACGGCCGCUCGGUCAGCAAGAGGGGGGUCAGCUGCCAGUUUGGGCCUGAUGUCACCAAGAGCUUCCUGGAGAGCAACCAGCUGGACUACAUCAUCCGCAGCCACGAGGUCAAGGCCGAGGGCUACGAGGUGGCCCACGAUGGCAAGUGUGUCACCGUCUUCUCUGCCCCCAACUACUGUGACCAGAUGGGGAACAAGGGCUCCUACAUCCACCUGCGCGGCAGCGACCUGCGCCCCGACUUCCACCAGUUCACAGCAGUGGUGAGACUGGGGGGGGAGGGACCCCCCAGAACACCCCCCACACCCCUGGGACCCCCCCUGUAG